AAUAUAGAAUGCAGCUGUCAGUCGCAGUCGAUCUGUUGUCAACCGAUUGUCAAAAGGUGACAGUCGCAGUCAUGGCCGAGUUGAUUGCGGUGCCGUUGAAGAAGUCCGCGGACGUAGAACUGGUAAAACCACUGCGGAAUCUGCUGCAGAACACCUAUGAGGGCGCGGAGGACUGCACGGACUCGCUGACGGAGCUGGCGCGGCUGCGCUCCGACGCGAUAUGGAAGGUGUACGACAGGGCCUCGCUCGACGUUCUCUACAGCUACUACGACCAGCUGGCGUCGCUGGAGGAGAAGGUGCCACCGCAGGAGGUGCAGAUCCCCUUCAAGUGGAAGGAUGCCUUUGACCGGGGAUCACUCUUCGGAGGAAGGAUUAGUCUUACUGUGAGCUCGCUGGCGUAUGAGCAUGUGUGCAUCCUGUUCAACAUCGGAGCCCUGCAGAGUGUGCUGGCCUCGCAGCAGCCGCUCGACACGGAGGACUCGCUCAAGCUGGCCACCAAGCUGCUGCAGCAAGCGGCGGGCGUGUUCGCGCACCUGAAGGGCACGGUGAUGGGCGCGGUGCACCAGGAGCCCACGCCCGACCUGCAGCCCGACACGCUGCAGGCCCUCGCCGCGCUCAUGCUCGCCCAGGCGCAGGAGGUCAUCGCUUACAAGUGCAUCCGAGAUGAGAUGAAAGAGGGCAUGGUGGCGCGAGUGUGUGCGCAGUGCGAGGAGCUCUACACAGACGCGCUGCGCAUGAUCAACCGGGAGCCGCAGCGGGCGCUGUUCGACCGCGAGUGGUCCGCCAUUAUAACAGCAAAACAGAUGGCGUUCCGCGGCCUGACCCAACUCUUCCAGGGCAUGGUCUGCCGCGCCAACAAAGCGGUCGGCGAGGAGAUAUCCCGUCUCCAGGUGGCCGUGGAACAGCUGAAAGGAGCCCUGGGCAGGCUGCCGCAGGCGCCCCUUUUGUCGGAGCAGCUUACUAAAGCCAUGAGGUUCCUCGCGGAAGCCACGAAAGACAACGACUUCAUCUACCACGAGCGCAUCCCGGAGGCGCGUGCGCUGGAGCCGGUGGCGCGCGCCGCCGUGGCCAAGGCGCUGCCUCCCCCCGCGCGCUGGGGCGCCCCUCCCCCCGCGCGCCGCGACCUGUUCGCCGCGCUGCUGCCCGCCGCCGCGCACCGCGCGCUGCAGGCCGCCGCCGCCAGGAGGGCCGAGGCCGUCAAUGCCGAGGUGAACAAGCUCCGCGAGGCCACCCAGCUCCUCAACAGCAUCCUGGCCUCGCUGAACCUGCCGGCCUGCGUGGAGGAGCAGGACUCGGGGGAGCUCCCGGAGUCCAUCCGGAGCAAGGCGGCCGCCGUGCGCGCCGCCGGCGGCCCGGGGGCUUUACGAGCCCUAAUGGAGGAGUUGCCGCAAUUAUUGCAGCGGAAUAGGGACAUUUUGGACGAGGCGGAACGCAUGCUACGCGAGGAAGAGGAAGCGGACGCGGCGCUCCGCAGCCAGUUCGGCGCGCGCUGGGGCCGCACGCCCUCCCCGCAGCUCACCGAGGCCUUCCGCGCCAACGCCGCCAAGUACCGCCAGAUCAUUGACAACGCUGUCCGCGCUGACGCCAUCGUGCAGCAGAAGUUCGCGCAACACAAGGAGGACAUCGAGCUCCUGGGUCGCAGCGACGGCGAGAUCACGGCCGGCGUGCCGGAGGCGGCGGGCGGCGGCGGCGGCGGCGCCGGCGCGGGCUCGGCGGCCGCGGAGCUGCGCGCGCUGCUGGCGAGGGUGGAGACGCUCAAGAAGGAGCGGGACAGCCUCGAGAACGAUCUCAAGGACGUCACUCUUGAUCUGAAGGAGCAGUUCCUGUCGGCGUUAGCCGCAGACGGCGCGCUGGACGAGCCGGCGCUGACGGCGGGCGCGCUGGGCGCCGCGCUGGCGCCGCUGCAGCGCCGCGCCGCCGCCCUGCAGCAGCAGCAGGACUCGUUAGUGGCGGAGAUCCAGCAGGCGCACGCGCGCUUCGCGGCGGCGGGCGGCGGCGGCGGGUCGCGCGGCGCGGCGCUGGGCCGCCUGUGCGCCGCGCACGACGCCUACGCCGACCUCACCAACAACCUCAAGGAGGGCGUCAAGUUCUACAACGACCUCACACAGCUGCUGGUGACGUUCCAGAACAAGAUCUCCGACUUCUGCUUCGCGCGCCGCACCGAGAAGGAGGAGCUACUCAAGGACCUCACGCAGGACGCCUCGAGGGUCUCCCGCCCCGCCCCAGACCCCCCGCAGACGCCCGCUCAAGAGCCAGCCGCGGUAGCGCGGAAGGACCCGCCGCCGCGGCCGCCGCCGCCCAGCGCGGCGCCCGCAGCCCCGGCCGCCCCCGCAGCCCCCGCGGCGGCCGCUCUGCCGUACCCCAUGCAACCACAAGGCAUGCCGUUACCGUACGGCGCGGCCCCGUACUACUACGCGGCGCCCAUGCCGACCGGCUACAACCCGUACGCCACGCUGCCCUACCCGCACCACGCGCCGCGCCUGCCCACGCAGCCCUACCAGCCCUACCAGCACCCCCCCGCCCCGCAGGGGUACCCGCAACCCCCUCCUCACGGCUACAACCCCUAUGGCACACAGUAGAACCGACUACACCACCUAGAAUGAAGCUGCAACACUGCGACGGACGGAGCCCGAAUAGUUGACGUAUAUGCUUUCAAACUUUUUCCAGGCACGGUACGAUUUAUUGACACAUAUGUACGCGCUAAUAGAAUUUCAACUUUAGCAUUGAGAUUUAAGGUUCAAAUUAGAUUGCACUUUCAUGAAAUGUGACUUGUCUUCAAAUGAAUCAUCAAAGCUAGAUUAAUUGGAAAAUAUUUCGAUAUUUUUGGGAAAACCUUAUAGAUUGGUGCGGCAUGGAAAAGGGAUUGAACAUGUAUGAAUAGGUGCACUCCUACACGAAACUUUAGACUAUAUUAAAGUUCGGGUUAAAACGCUCCAGAUCUAGGUCUUAAUAAUAAGUACCGUAUAUUUAUAGUAUCCCUAGUUGUAAGGAUUCGGUGCAAGGUUGUUACUAAUGUUGGAUUUAUAACUGUUGAUACGCUUGUUUUAGGCAGGUUCACACCGAAAUUAUACUAACACCAAAAAAAUACAUUUUAAAUUUUUUAUUGAUUUAAAUAUUUUAGUUAAUAGUUUAGUUUUCGAUACGAGUUGAACUCGUGUUGUUAUGUUAUGUAACACUAAAAAAAUGGCCUUAUUUUAUCAAAUAGGUAAGCCUAUCCAUUUGUAGAUGAACACACGAAUACUAACUUUGUUACUUAUGGGCCUUAUGGCACAGAGUUCAUUUCUAAUUUAUAAAUGCUUACUGGCAAGUCAACCACAUUUAAAUGUACAACAAUAAAAUACAAGAUUCGUUUCGUGGUAAAUAAGAAUUAAUACGUUUUAUUUUGUUCUCCUUGCACUAACCAAAUGAGUUGUCAUAUUGCAUAAUUGUCACAAUUGUCAAUAAUAUGUAUUAAUUGUAUUUUUAUAAUGUCGGCUGUUGAUAUGUUGUUUUUAUUAUAUUGAAUAAGUCUGUGAUCACCGACUGAUGCUCCACAAACGCAUUUACGACAAAAAUAAGUAUACACUAUUACAUCAAUUAUUAGUUUAGUCAUUUUCAUCUUUUAGUGAAAGCAUUUUGUGUAAUGUCUUAUUCUUUAAGAAUAGAUGAAUCUGAAUCUAUUACAACCUGAAUAAUGUACUCAUCCUUGACGUGGACUUUACACAUUAAAUAAACACAUACAGAUAUCGUGAAUUUAAAGCGGCGAUUGGAUUCUUAUACGCUUUUUAACUUAAAACAGAAUAUGAAUCUCCUUGUCAUAGGUUUUGUGUCACGAUUUCUGGUUAAAUUGAACUCCAGUGUGUACAUUUACUUUAUGUUUGUCAGGCCACUUCGGUAGGUGCUUUUAGUGCGAGAAGGAUUCUAUUAGGGUAAUAUAUAAACAAAUUUAUUAAUACUGCAUGUGAAAUCACAUAAUUUAUAAUGAUUUUCAAUGAAGUUAAGUACUUGUAAACUUGUAGUAAAUAAAUAUUUUUUAUUGAA